AUGCAAUUCAAGACGCUUCUCCCCUCUCUUCUCCUGGUCAGCUACGGAUCAAUGGCAGCCGCCGAUUCCUUCUAUGCAUACAGCUGCGAUGAUUGCGACUGCAACGCCUAUCAGAGUCUGGGAUCCAGUGUCGAGGGAACUUGCACCGAUCUCAACGGCGGUGCCGCCUCUUUCGGGGUGAGUGCCGGCAAGGAGAGCGGUACCUACUGUACGCUGUUCAGUGGGUCUCACUGCGGUGGUGAAUCGCAGAAUGUUGGCCAUCACAAGGGCGAAACCUGGGGCUGCACCAACACGGAAAUUGGAUGGGUGUACUCGGUGCUCUGCUUCAACUAG